CUUCUCUGAUUCUUCGAGUUGUAGUAGAAAUUGCCUACUGAACUGAAGAUAUAACUCCAUACAUUGGCAUUAUUUUCUUAUUUUAUUUCAAAUAUCAAUAUUCCACCACGAUGCGGUGUACAAGCAUAUCACUAAUUUUAUUAAGCGUUUGUGCAACUUUUCUUCAUGCUGAAAAAACGAAACGGGCUGCUUAUGCUAAUGGUGGAAAUGGCUACGGAAAUGGCGUCUACAAUGGUGCAAACGGAAAUGGAAAAGCUUACGGUAAUGGCGCUUCUUACAGAAAUGGUAAUGGAGUUAAUGGUGGCUAUAAUGGUAACGGAGCGUACAGCAACGGAAACGGAAAUGGAGCCUACAGUAAUGGAAAUGGCAACGGAGCAUACGGUAACGGAAAUGGCAAUGGAGCCUACAGCAACGGAAAUGGCAACGGAAAUGGAAACGGAGCAUAUAGCAAUGGACGCAACGGGGCUUAUGGUAACGGUAAUGGUAAUGGAAACGGAGCAUAUGGUAACGGAGCCUACGGUAAUGGAAAUGGUGUUUACGGCGUUGGAAAUGGCAUUUACGGAAACGGAUAUGGAAAUGGUUAUGAUGAAUACGAAGAUUUAGGUGUGGAAGCUUUCGGUACACCAGGUGUUGAUUUCCCAGUUUUCAGUGAAGUACCCUUAACGAGUUUUAGUUGUGCUGAUCAAGCAUUUCCAGGUUAUUUUGCUGAUCCCGAAGCUCAAUGCCAGGUAUUUCAUAUUUGUCAAUCCGAUGGUCGUCAAGAUAGUUUUUUAUGUCCAAAUGCUACUCUUUUCAAUCAACAAUACUUUGUCUGCGAUUGGUAUCAUAAUGUUGACUGCAGUUUAGCACAAAGUUUUUAUGAAUUGAAUGCUGAAUUAUUUAAAGAAUCAAAUGGUAAUGGCUAUUACAGUAAUGGUUAUGGUAAUGGUAAUGGAAACGGCAAUGGUAUUUCUGUGUAUGGAACAGGAGCAAUAGGUGGAAAAUAUGGAGAAAAUGGCGUUUACCAAAGCAUCUCUAAUGGUUACAGAAAUGGAAAUGGCAAUGGCUACAAUGGCAAUGGAGCAGCUUAUUCAAAUGGAAAUGGAGCUUAUCGUAAUGGACAAAAUGGUAAAUAUAGAAAUGGCGGAAACGGUAAUGGACUCAAUGGAAAUGGCUACAGCAAUGGUCAAAACGGUGCUUAUGGAAACGGAAACGGAAACGGAGCUGCUACCUACGGCAAUGGAAAUGGUGGUUAUGCAAAUGGUAACGGUAAGAAUGGAAAUGGUAACGGAUACAAUGGUGGUAAUGGCUAUAGUAAUGGGAAAGCACGUAAUGGAUAUAGUAAUGGGCUUAAUGGAAUCAAUGGUUAUAGCAACGGAAAAGGACGCAACGGAUAUGGAAAUGGCAAUGGUAAUGGCAACGGAAACGGAUUAGCAGUUUACAGCAAUGGUCGUAAUGGUGGAUAUGGAAAUGGAAAUGGUCGUAAUGGUGGAUAUGCCAAUGGCAAUGGAAAUGGAGCGGCUGUUUAUGGAAAUGGAAACGGAUAUAGUAAAGGACUUAAUGGUGGUAACGGAAAUGGAGCUUAUAGAAAUGGCAAUGGAAAUGGCAAUGGUUUAGCUUAUAAAAAUGGAAACGGAAAUGGAUAUACUAACGGUAACGGUAAUGGCGCAGCUUCUUACAGGAAUGGAAACGGCUAUGCUAAUGGCAAUGGAAAUGGCUAUGCAAAUGGUAACGGAAAUGGAAACGGAGCGCUUUAUUCUAAUGGAAAUGGAGCUCUUGUAAAUGGCAAUGGUUAUGCCAAUGGAAACGGAAACGGCGCAGCAGCUUAUAAAAAUGGAAAUGGUUACGCAAAUGGAAACGGAAACGGCGCAGCAGCUUAUAAAAAUGGAAAUGGUUAUGCCAAUGGUAACGGAAAUGGCGCAGCAUAUAAAAAUGGAAAUGGAGCAAGUUCUUAUAGCAACGGUAAUGGUUUCGCUAACGGAAAUGGUAAUGGCUAUUCUAAUGGGAAUGGAAACGGAGCGGCUUACUCAAAUGGAAAUGGAAACGGAGCUGCUUACUCAAAUGGAAAUGGAGGUCAUGCCAAUGGAAAUGGCAAUGGUAGCAAAAGCUACAGGAGAUAA